AUGACUCCUGCUGUCUUCCUGGCCAUCCUGUGCUUGGGAAGGGCCUCAUCUUCACCAGCACCUGAUCCCAAUUUGGAUGCUGAAUGGCAGAGGUGGAAAAUAAAAUAUGGAAAAACAUACAGUCUGGAGGAAGAACCACAGAGAAGAGCAGUAUGGGAAGAAAAUAUGAAAAAGAUUGAACUGCACAAUGGGGAGAAUGGACUGGAGAAGCAUGGUUUCACCAUGGAAAUGAAUGCUUUUGGUGACAUGACAGGUGAAGAAUUCAGGAAAUUGAUGAUUGAAAUCCCCGUCCCAACUGUCAAGAAAGGAAAAAGUAUCCAGAAACGUCUGUCUGUAGAUAUACCUAAAUUUAUAAACUGGAAAAAGAAAGGCUAUGUUGUUACCCCUGUGCGGAGACAGGGCAAAUGUAAUUCUUGUUGGGCUUUCUCUGUGACUGGUGCCAUAGAAGGGCAGAUGUUCCGGAAAACAGGCCGACUGAUCCCUCUGAGUGCACAGAACCUAGUGGACUGCUCUAGACCUCAAGGCAACAGGGGCUGUUACAUAGGCAAUACAUACCUUGCAUUGCAGUAUGUGAAGGAAAAUGGUCUAGCGUCUGAGGCAUCCUAUCCAUAUGAAGAAAAGGAAGGACCAUGCAGGUAUAAUCCAGAUAACUCUACUGCUAGUAUCACGGGCGUUGGGUUUGUCCAAGCAAAUGAGGAUGCCCUAAUGCAUGCGGUGGCAACUAUAGGGCCCAUUUCUGUUGCAGUCGAUGCAAGGCAUGUAUCUUUCCUGUUCUAUAAAAGAGGUAUAUAUUACGAGCCCAACUGCAAUAGUUCUGUUGUCACACAUUCUAUGUUACUGGUUGGCUAUGGCUUCAUAGGAGAAGAAUCAGAUGGCAAGAAAUACUGGCUGGUCAAGAACAGCAUGGGUACAAGAUGGGGCGAUAGAGGCUAUAUGAAGAUUGCCAAAGACCAGAGAAACCAUUGUGGAAUUGCUACAUAUGCCCUUUACCCCAGAGUGUGA